AUGGAACUAUGUAUAUGGUAUAACUGGUCAGUUUGGGGAAACUGUGAUGUUACAUGUGGUAGUGGGACAAGAACUAAAACAAGGACAUGUUCUGUUGCUGAUAGUUGCACUGGAGAUGCCAUACAAACUGAAUCAUGUUCAAAUGGAAUUUGCCCAGUAAAUGGUAUGUGGGGAAAUUGGACACCAUGGUCAGCUUGUUCUCCAACUUGUGGUGACAGCGGUGGUUCCCAGACUAGAUCAAGAAGUUGUGAUAACCCAGCGCCAUCAACUGAUGGGAAAGACUGUGUUGGUUUAGUUUCAGACACACAAUCAUGCAGGCAUAAGCCAAAUGUCCAUACGCCUGUUUGCAAGUAA